AUGGCCUUGGCCCAGCUUCUGAGCUAUCCUCUUGAAACAUCCAACUUGGCAACCGACGGAACCUGGCAAAAGCCCCAGGACCCGGACCUGAGAGCCGAGCGGAUGGGACCCCCACUCAGCUUUCACCACAGUGACCUCAUCGGGGGUUGCGUCUGGGCGGAGAGUGGCGAGGGUGGUGGUUAUGUAAGGGAGGAGAAGAGACUAGAGGGAAGGGAAUUUGAACCUUUGAAGCUCGCGCGGGAAUACUGGAAAGGUAUUUGGGGAGUGUUAAGUGUCAAAGCAUCAGUGGUGCCUGAGGUGUCAAUGUCAAGGCAAGUGGCCGACGUCAACCAGCUGCCUAUUCUGGCCGCGCCUCGUGUUCUUUACUACGUCCACUCCCUUCUUCUCUCACGACUCGCGCAACUUUUGCUCAUCAGUAUCAUCGCUGUAAUAUAUCAGGAUACAGAAUACAGAAUGGCAUCAGAGAAUGGAGGAGUUCUUCACUGGGGAACGAGCGACAGGAAAGAGAAACGAAAACCUUCCCGCCGCGACCCAGAGAAAAGACGGCAACAGAAUGCCCAAGCGCAACGUAAAUACCGUAAGGCACUCUUAUCUGACAGUGGCACAGAUACUCAUCAUUUGUUAGGAGAAAAGCUGCGUAAGCGCUUGGAUCAACUUGAAGCCAUUGCAGCAUCUGGUGCGCCAGCCUUUUCGACUCAAGGUACACCAGCUACGGCUACACGCCCGCCUGAAGGUGCCACCGGGGAUAGCUCAUCCUGCGCGCUGCUGGAUUCCAGUAUAAUAAAAUUCCCAGCAUAUGGUAUCUUAGAUAUACCUGUUUCAAGUUCAUCGGCAGUAAUUCCAGAGGAAUGCCAAUUUCCUCAGGAGUUAGAAAACAGCCUGUCGGCAUUGUCCCCGUGGGACCUGGCAACAGAUCCGCAAUCAAACGACGAUCAUUCAUGGCUGCGCGUCUGGGACUCUACAAAAUUUGUCCAUCCGUCACUUCUCAUCUGCGACAUAAAGAAGGACAGCCAUUGUCCAUACUGGACUGCCACCGUCAGUUGCGGCUGCUCCACACCACAUGUGCAGAUACGGACGCAGGGCCCUGACCCUUCUUGCUAUGGUGAUAUCAAAAUCCUCUCAAUUGAACCAGGUGCACCCGCCGCAGAUCCAUGCGCUAGCCAGCUGCGCAUCGAAACGGUCUGCACUAUAUCUGCCCUGCACGCUAUUGGGACGCAUGUUGGCAUUACCGAGGAGCUGAUCUGUGCCGACGACUCUCUCUCUCCGUUCUUCCGGUUCACCGUGGACUCGGCGGACGAUACAGCCAAGAACGACAUGAUUUGCGCCGUGCAGAGAAUAUUCACGACCCUGAAACCGGAUUUGAGACCCACCAAGGAACAAAUCACCAUCAGGCAUCAUCCCUUCAUCGAUAUUCUGCCAUCUCCGACACUGCGUAAAAACCUUAUCAAACACCAGGACGAGUUAGAUGAGGACGAGUUCUUCCAUGACAUGUUGAUCGGCCUAGUGUGUUGGGGCGGUGCGGGUGUUGGGAGGAGAGAUCGGAAUCUGUCCACCAGUUAUGCUUCGACAGGUACGCCGUGGGACGUCCGCAGCUGGGAGGCAAGAGAUUGGUUUAUCAAGAAGUACUGGAGAUUGCUAGGUGGUGAAGACGGAGAGCUCGUUCGGCAGAGUGAAUGGUGGCGCAGUAUCCGAGGGGAAGACUCGCUGGACGUGGAAGCCAGGCAAGUCACUGAAGCAACAUGA